AUGUCAAGCAAGCGAAUCCAGUACAAGGUCGAAGGCGAGGUACAGGGCGUCAACUUCCGGUCUUUCACACAAAAGCAAGCCAAGAGUAUUGGUGUCACUGGCUUCGUCACUAAUGCAUCAGAUGGAAGCGUCCAGGGCGAGGCUCAGGGCAGCGAGGACAAGAUCAAAGAGUUUGUCCAGCAUUUGAACAAGGGACCAUCGGCAGCAUCUGUCUCAAAAGUUGACCACUCGGACAUCUCAACCAAGGAUGGCGAAAGCAGCUUCAACGUUCAGUAG